GAACUAUCCACCCGAGAACCCGCUCAUGAAGAUGUCCUGGCACUUCGAGCGUCCCUUUCUGGGGAUUCUAGGAAUCAUCCUUUUCAUCUCUGCUGGAUCCGGCAUGGUGGAGCUUGACUUCUGCUGCUCGGGCGCUGUGGCGCGAGAGAUGCGCAAGUCGUUGAGGUACGAGAUGCUCCACUUGCUGUUUCGCUUUUGUGAGGUGCUGAGUCGAACAGUGAUGAUGGUGGCCUUUGUUGUGACCACUCGCCAUUUGGUCUCUUGGUGGUGGUGCCCGGCAGCAUCCAAUAUCAUCUUCACGUACCUUCUC